UACCGAGCGACCAUGAGAUUGAUCUCAUCUGCUCAGUCUUUCCAUGUUCCUUUAGCACCGUUUGCUGGUCUUCAGCUCCUCAGCCAUUCGUAGCAGGCCUUGCUCUGCAAUGCCUCAACCCAGGAGUAACCGUCCUCGGGCACUAGGAGACGUGUUUGUGACUGGAACCCCAGAGCGUUUUCGACAGCAGGUACUCACUCCCAGGACACCCCACUCGCGGUCGGGACGCGCAGAGGAAGGCUUCACAGAAUACGAACUCCAGCACUUGAACGAGGAGGACGAAGAUGAGGAAGGGUCAUUCUUGUCCGCGACGCCUGUCGACCAGCAGUCCGCACGUCUACUUGCGCCGACUGGAGGGUCUGCAUUCCCUCCUGGAUACAGGAGUAGGGGGGACGACCAUGAAAUCCUGUCGGCGCCGUUCGGGUCAGGAAAGUUAGGCGUGGUGGUGCGGAGAGUCCUACUCGUGUCUGCCUCACUUAUGGCGUGCGCUAUGCUCGCCAUGUUCAUGAUGGCGUUUAAGCCACUUAACCUAUUCGACGACGACCCAUUGGCGGACAUAUUAGAUGCACCUCUACCGGCAGACAGGCUCAUCUCUUACGCUAAUUACACCCACUUCCCGCUCUCUGGCUCACAAUAUCGACACGAAUGUGAGAAUCUGGGGCGGACUGUCAUGCGUCACAAUGAUUACUGGGCUGCACCUUUGACGGGACCGCUGGAUGCCCCCCAUCCGCAACAAGUACAACAGCCAGGAAAGCCUAGUGUUUGCUUGAGAUCUGUGACUUACCUACUAGACGGUAAUGUCGGGUUAGCAACGGACCUGGCAUUGAUGGCGCAAGUGGCUCAGUUGGCGCGAGAGAGACGCAGUGCCUUUUUUGUUGAUGAUUCCCAUUGGAACCGUGGAAAAUGGACUGAUCACUUCCAAGCCAUCAUCAAUUCAUAUCAAAUCCCCGACCUUGGUUGUGUUCCCCCUCCACCAGAAGAGCUUGUGGCAUGUCCUCGCACAUCUAGGCAUUGGGUCGUGAGUUCACAAACAGCCUCGUUUCAUCUGGGCCGUGAUUUCUCUUGGGCCUUUGAAGACCGGUUCGGCUACGGUCUGAAUCGCAGGAAGUCGAUUUUCAAAAAGGCGCUGCGGUCGUUCGGAGAAAUAAUCCGACCAAACCUGCACACUGCGACGCUCAUUCACACAGCGCGCUCCGAGAUCGCAUCAGUCCUCUCCAUGAAUAAUACCGAGUCUACACAGCAUCACGAUCCAUACAUUGGCGUUCAUCUACAAGGCGACAUCCACGCAGGAAAAACAUCCAGCCAACCAGACCCUCCUCUAGAUGUGUAUGUCAAGGCAGCACACGAUACCUGGACGCGAUUAUAUCCAGAUGCGCCCAUACCACAAAUAUCCUCUGACUCCAAACAUGACUCCACACACUUUCCUACGCCGCCGAUCACCUAUCUUGCUUCUGACUCUCCAGAGGCAUUGCGUGAAUACAUCAAGGCGUUUCCUUCGUCCACGGCGGUCUUUGCACUGGAUUUGAGCACAAAUCCAGAGUUGCGUGCGCUCGCCCCGCAGCACGCGUACGUCCAGGAAAACUUUGCGAAAGAGAGUGAGGAAGAGCGCAUUAGACUGACGAGGGGCGCUAUUGUCGAUCUCGCUCUCCUCGGUGGCCUGUGGCCAGAGGUAGACGGUGUUCUCCCUGGCGCCGCAAUAUGUUCUAGCAGCUCUCAUAUUUGCAAGAUCGCUGCGGUCGGUCUGGGUUGGGACAGUGCAUUUGGGUUCGGUGCCAACGCGGCUGGUCUCGUUGGCCAGGUUGAUCUGAGUCGUAGGCGCUGGAUCGACGUGAAUCCCAAACUUCAGGCUAUCAUAACCGCAUCGUGGAAUGCUUUCGAUGUGCCAAAAUGA